AGUGAACUUGUAUCCAACAGUUUCUGUGAUAUCAUCAAGGGACACCAAUCCAUGAAUCUGGGGUUCUGGCGCGAUGGUCUUGAGCGUUGUCAGCCUUGUUUACACGCUUCCACGUUGCUGAGGGAUCGGCUAUCCGAAUUUCCUAUCCAGCCUCAUCCCUUCACACCUGCUCUACCAACGAGAUUCAUGAUGCCCAGCCGACCAAUAUAGACCGCCAUCAAUAGCAUCACGGACGGCGUCUGUCCCGGCAACAUCUACUUCCUACACGUCAGGCUGGCUUCUAUACUCAAAACCCACCUCGGUAGCAUUUCAUUCCGAGGAAAUUAUGUUCACACAAUAACACCAUCUCAGCUUGAUAUAGGUGACUGAGUCCUAUAUACAUACUGUACCUAUUGUGGCCAAGUCAGGGUUCACCAUUCGCUGCAUUUACGACAUGAGCAAUUUUAUGAUUAGAUCAUCACCUAACCUUAUCUCAUUGCUACCUCUCAUUCAUUUGCUCAAGAUCGGUCCUCUGCUCCCCUGACAAGGGCAGAACUACAAAGCAAGCUCCCAAGCAUGGAUGGUCCUCCCGCAUCAGACAAGUCCCUACUGGAGCGGCUGAAUGCCUUAAAACCUAGCUCCGUUAGUCUGACAGAUCCCCCCUCAUCAAUCUCUAAGCCCAUAUCCACUAUUGAGCGGGCCAAGUCACCAUCAAGAGAAGAUGCCUUGACAGCACGACUCAAAAAUCUCCGCAACCAAGCGUCUGUGUCUGCGUCUGCGUCUACGUCUGUUGAUACCGCUACUACGGAUCAGACGCAACCUUCCAGCGAGACUGCACAGCCACCGACCGGACUCACGGAGUUCCCAACGGGCAGCAAGUUAGACUCAAAGCAAGCUACUGCAUCUAAUCAGGUCACCGAUGAUGUUGAUCCACUUCUUUAUACAGACGAUCAGGCUCUUGAAGACUUAUUGGCUGAUCUCAGAGCCGAUGAUAGCUGGCUAGACGAGGUUGCGGCUGAAGAAGAGGAACGUCAAAGAGUAACUGCGCUGUUGACCGAACUGGGAAAGUCUUCCGGUGUGAGAGGUGAAACAGACAGCCAGGAUGUUUCUCGGACAGACGGUGAAGAGAGCAGUGACGAUGAUUCUGACGGAGAAGUUAUGACGAAAGAGGUAGACUCGGUGCUCGCCAAAGCUAAAGAUGAACUGGAUUGGGAAAGAGCCAAUAGAGACUCUUCUCCAUCACCAGCCCCACGAUCAGGAGAUGCCAAAGAAGGUUCUCAGGGCGGGACCAGCUCAUCACCGAACGAAGCCCCCUUUAACCUUCCCGGAGUUCCGUCCGAGCUCCAAGAUCAACCUGAUCUGCCCGCAUCAUCUACUGAGACUACGUCAGAUGCUGAUGCUGAUUUUGCGGCAUCUAUUGCCUUCCGCAUGGCUGCUCUGAAGCUGUCGGGCCCACGAGGGCUUCCAUCAGCACCCACGGUUGCCGUUGAUUCUUUGGGCCUCCCCCAGGCGCCAACCUUUGCACCUGCCGAUCGUCCAAUACCUGGCCUAGCCCAGCGUAAGGGACUCACAGAUGAGGAUCAGAAGACAUGGUGUGUUGUAUGUCUGGAAGAUGGCACCAUCCGCUGUCUUGGGUGUGAAGUCGGUGAUAACGUGUAUUGUGCUCGCUGUUGGAAGGAAAUGCAUAUUGGUCCACAAGCUGGUUACGACGAGAGAGGACACUCGUGGGAGAGCUUCAAGUCCAGGAUGCGGUAGACCAACAGGGUGUUGUAGAUAUUCGGUAGCUAGGCAGAUCAGCAUGUAAUAUAUGUGACGGACUGCCUUGUAAUAUAUGCCCCUAUAUAUUUAUAUAUGUAUCAUUACGUAGGUAUUUGCACGCGUAUACGCAC